AUGAGUUCCUUUCUGCAAUUCUUAAAGGAGACAUUCCCUCCCAAGCCGACCCUCACUGAGCAGGAGCUGGUUACUGGCUCAACUGCUGGCGUCGGCAAGGAACUCGCCGGGAUUCUGUACUCCAAAAAUGCAAAAGUCUUUGUGGCAGCUAGGUCGGCAGAAAAGGCAGAUAGAGUGAUAUAUGCGCUCAGGAACAAACAUCCCAAUUCGAUAGGCGAACUCAUCUUCCUCAAGCUUGAUCUCAACGAUCUGAGCUCUAUCAAAAGGUCUGCAGAAGAGUUCCUCUCCAAGGAAGACCGCCUUGACAUCCUUUGGAAUAAUGCCGCAAUCCUCAUGCCACCAACAGGAUCAAAGACGGUACAGGGAAUCGACCAGCAACUGGGGGUGAAUACUCUUGGGCCAUUCUUGUUCACGAAACUGUUGACUCCACUGUUGGUCCAGACGGCGAAGAUCACUGCUCCAGGCUCCGUCAGAGUAAUGUUUGUGGGUUCUUCAGCUACGUACUUGUUCACCCCCAAGGGUGGUCUAGACGUUGCAAAACUCGAGAGUCGUCACCCAUACAGCACAGGGGAGAUGUACGGUAUUUCAAAAGUUGGGAGCGCACUUCAUGCUCUACAUUUCGCAAGACUUUAUGGUAAAAGCGGUGUUAUUUGCACGAGCGGUAAUCCUGGGAAUCUCGUGUCCGAACUCCAGCGCGAAUUCAAUUGGUUUAGCCGAUGGCUGAUGGCCCUCAUCUCAUACGAUCCGAUCUAUGGAGCGUACUCAGAGUUAGGCGGGGGUUUUUCGCCGGAGGUGACUCUCGAGAACAACGGAGCUUGGAUCAUUCCGUGGGGUCGAGUUGGUAAGCUGCGACAGGAUAUCUUGGACGGCGGCAGAGGUGAGGAAGAGGGAGGAACAGGUAAUGCAGAGGCCUUUUGGAACUGGAGCGAGGAGCAAGUCAGGCCUUAUCUAUGA